AUGGAUGGCGGUGGCGUCAAUGUCAAGGUCGUCGUGAGGGUGCGCGCCUUCUUGCCGAGAGGUAUGUCUUGCCGCCGUCUUUUGUUCCGUCAUGCUGGCGACUGAUACGACAAUCGCAGAGAUCGAGAGAGGUGCAGACUGCCUUAUCAGCAUGGACCCCAUAACCCAAGAGACGACACUGCACGCCCCCAACGAUAGGGACCCUGCCAAUUCCAAGGCGAGAACCCGCAAACUGAUAGAGGAGAAGAGCUUUACUUUCGACAACUCCUUCUGGAGUCACAACAUGAAGGACAGACAUUAUGCGCACCAGGAGGAUGUAUACAACGUACUUGGCGAGGAGUUCCUUGACCACAACUUUGAAGGAUACCAUACUUGCAUCUUCGCAUACGGACAGACCGGCUCGGGCAAAUCAUACACCAUGAUGGGAACACCCGACCAGCCCGGCUUGAUACCCCGAACAUGCGAAGACUUGUUCGAGCGCAUCGAAGCUGCACAGCAAGAGACGCCCAACAUCUCAUAUCACGUACGAGCAUCCUACUUCGAAGUCUACAACGAGCAUGUACGCGACCUGCUCAUGCCAGUCGUCCCCAACCAAGCACCGUAUUAUCUCAAGAUCCGCGAGUCGCCCUCCGAGGGCCCUUACGUAAAAGACUUGACCGAGGUCCCUGUUAGGAACUUGAACGAGAUCUUGCGCUACAUGAAGAUGGGAGACCAGUCGCGGACCGUCGCGAGCACCAAGAUGAAUGACACCAGUAGUCGAAGCCAUGCUGUCUUCACCAUCAUGCUGAAGCAGAUCCACCACGACAUGGAGACGGAUGAGACCACGGAGCGGAGUUCGAGAAUCAGACUUGUUGAUCUGGCAGGAAGCGAGAGAGCCAAAUCCACCGAGGCCACGGGCGCACGACUUCGGGAGGGCAGCAAUAUCAACAAGUCACUGACUACCCUUGGUCGUGUCAUUGCCGCGCUCGCCGAUCCGAAGCGUGGCCGGGGCAAAAGAAAGGCUGACGUUGUGCCGUAUCGGGAUUCCAUCUUGACGUGGCUUCUCAAGGAUUCCCUGGGCGGAAACAGCAAGACGGCCAUGGUUGCCUGUAUAGCGCCAUCCGAUUACGAGGAGACACUCUCAACGCUCCGAUACGCUGACCAGGCUAAGCGUAUCCACACCCGUGCUGUUGUUAACCAGGACCAUAUUUCUGCAGCUGAAAGAGACGCACAAAUAGCGGCCAUGGCAGAAGAGAUUCGGCUGUUGCAGGCUUCAGUCGCAGAUACUCGAAGGCGUGAAAAGGAUCAAAAGGAGAGUGAAGAGAAGCUUGAGGAGUAUCAGAAUCGUGUCGGAAGCAUGCAGCGCAUGAUGGAAGAGCGCAGUCUCGUGGCAGAAGGCAAGAUUCGCAGCCUGCAGACCGAGAACGAAGCUCUGCGACUACAUCUGAAGUUGGCGCUUGACAGUUUGAAGAACCCAAUACCAGAAGUUGUUGUCAGCACAAAGGACCCUCUGAAGCACGACGAGGCGGACAAGGAGAACGCAACGCGAGAGGACCUCGCCGACGAGGACACAGAAGCGGAACCGGUCGAUGAGCUGUACGAGGACGACGACGACGAUUACUCGCCCGAGGUUCACGAGGAACGGGCGAAUGAGAUGCAGGACUAUAUGCAUGAGCUGCUCAAGGACCUGUCGCUGUUCAAGAGGAAGAUUGGUGACGACAAAGGUCGGUUCGUGGGAGAGAACUUCAAGGCGCCACUGGGUGUGCGGCUCAACUUUUGAGUUGUCAGAGGACGGGAAGAAUGUUGAAGCAUUUGUGUUAGAAACUUCUGGUGUUUGGGAGCAUGAGACGGACAGGAUCAGGCUAGCAAGCGACAAAAAUUGGUCUUCAUC